CACUAAUAACCAAACGGAAGCAAAUGGGCCGUGACAGGGAGGGACUAACCUGAAUUUGUCCAAAAAUAAUUGCUUGCUCUCAUUGCAAAACAGUUUUUUAAGGUGUGGACUAAUACAUAAUCACUGUUUCUCUCUUAGUUAGAGUCUGGAGGGGGUGGGGACAGUAGUUGAGGAUAGCAGUUAGUUGUUUUUCAAGAGCAGUUAUUCUGUUUCUCCGAGUGGGGUCCUUUUAUAAAGCCUUUGGUUUAUUAAGCAACUCCGAGCAGCACUGUAGGAAUGACAAUUAAGGUACUGUUACUGAAUACACUUGUUUUCAAUCACACAAUAUUUUGAAAUGUAUUGAAACCAUAUGCAUAUGCUUGAAAGAUAUGAUCUCAUCGUUGGUAAUAGCACAUUUUUACAGCCAUACAAAUGCAGUACAGAAAAUAACACCAUUUAAAUGUAGCUGUCUUCUUAAGCCUCCCAGCAUAAUAAUAAAAUUGUGCUUAUCUGUCUAUGUCUCUGUCUAACAAAGCUGAGGACACACACACACACAGUGCUUUUGUUCAUGCUGGGGUCCUGAGUGCUGGGGUUCAGAGUGUGCAGGCAGCUGAGCCCAGUCUUGCAGUCUUGUGCAUUCUCAGGGACGUGCCUGGAGUGGACAAAUCAUGCUCAUUGGGUGUGAGAGGGACUCAGCGCUGUACCCAAGAUGAAGGAGGAGAGGAGGACGACUUCCUCGAAAGAAGACACAGCCAUUCCUUCGCACUUUUCACUCUUCGGCCUCCUCCUACUUUUCCAGGCAGUCAGAGUGGCCGGCGUCAACAUCACCAGUCAGGCUCAUCUGGUCCGAGGCACGUUGGGUGGAGAGGCCUUCCUCUCCGUCAGCUACACCAGCACCAGCUCCGACCAACCAGUCAUCAAGUGGCAGCUGAAGAGGGACAAGCAGCAGCCCAUCACCGUAGUCCAGUCACUAGGCACCAGCAUCAUCGGGAACCUGCGGCCCGAGUACAGGGACCGCAUCAUGGUGUUUGAGAACGGCACCUUGCUCCUCCACAACCUGCAGCUGUCUGACGAGGGGGCCUAUGAAGUGGAGAUCUCCAUAACCGACGAUGCCUUCACUGCGGAGCGCAACAUCAACCUCACCGUAGAUGUACCUGUGUCCAGACCCUACGUCCAAAUGAUAGCCUCCUCGGUGCUGGAGUUGAGUGAACUCUUCACCUUACACUGUUCCCACGGCGAUGGCACCAAGCCCACCUAUGGCUGGCUGAAAGGGGGAAAGGUGCUGACCAACGACUCGCGCCUGCUCCUGUCACAUGACCAGAAGUAUCUGACCAUCGCCCGGGUGCUGAUGUCAGACGAUGACAUCUACAGCUGUACGGUGGAUAACCCAAUCAGUAGCAUGAGGAGUGUGUCUGUCAAACUCACCGUCUACAGACGGAGUUCCCUGUAUAUCAUUCUUACCACCGGGGGCAUUUUCCUCCUCAUCACCCUGGUGACAGUGUGCGCCUGCUGGAAGCCCUCUAAAAAGAAGAAGCGGCGGGCUGCCAUGGCAGCCAUGUUGCAGAGAUCUCCGGUAUAUGUAGAGAGGAGUGACAUCAGUCACGGGGUUGACGUGGUGCCAAAAACAAUAGCCCAUGGAACCCAUGGCCGUAGGAGCCCUAUGGCUCUUUAUGUUGUCAAUGAAGAUGAGAGUCUUGAAGGUGAGGAUGAUUGUUCAGCCAACUCUAUCAGCCCCUCAGACCUCGCCCCUUCUGGUUACCCCAGCCCCCUCCCACCAUCCUCCCACUCACCCGAAGCACCCACCCGGCCCGUUCGCAAAUACCCUCGAACCCCUGUGCCCUCACCCCCUGCCACCCCACUCAAGCCCUCUGCUCAGCCACCUGUCAUGCCCUCAGCUCCACCCCCUGGAUCACCUCCACAUGUCCAGAGCUCAGGGCGUAAACUCCGCCCUCCUGUGGGCAUCCCCACCAAUCAACAGACAGAGGAGCCCCCGGCUACCUCAGAGGCCGACGACCGGGAUUAAUGUCUGAAUGACCACCCUCACUCACCUAUCACUGCUACUACUGUAGAAUUCAUCCACAUCUAACCAUGGAAAUGUGUCGAUUAUCUUGUCUGUUUGGCUGGGUUUUGGUGUAAAGAUAUUUGCUGCACCAGGAUCAACUGCACUGAUCAGGGUUUCCCUAUACCCCUGGAAAAAUGGUACGUUGUUCUUUUUCGCCACCAAAGUUUAAAAACAUGAAGCAUCAUCCAUACUGCACAACACUGCUUUGAGAUUGUUUCAGGUGUGAAUCAACUUGGACCAAUGGCCUCCAUGUAGCCUGACUCUCGAUCACUUUGCGCUUUAGCCAACUCCUCUCUGCUGUGGUGACAAUGGUAGUCAGAGGAGUGAGCUGCAACACAUACAGAUCUGGGACCAGGCUAAUCCCCAUGGCUAUUCUGGUGAACUCAUGUAACAGACAGUAUCCACCAAUAAUGUUUUGGGGCAGUCAAUGUGUGGCAGUUGCCACAUGGUAAGGGGCAAGGGGGGUGUAAGUAGCCACAGUCAAUUUACACUGGGAUCUGGAUAUGUUAUUACUUGAAAUUUGGGGUAAUGAUAAUGCGUCUAAUUCAUUUGAUUUGCUACUUCCAGUAGAGGUAAUGGGGAAGGGAGUUUCACAGAAACUGCCAGCUGAAGCCUUGGACUCAUUAUGUACAUAUGUCAAUAGUGUGUGUGAUGUUCUUAGCAUUGUUUUUAGGACCUUUUGCCUCCAAAUACAUUUUUUUCAAAUAACAUUUCAUCCUAAAACCGUGUUUCUAUUCCAUGUUUCAAAAUGAAGUAUGACAUUUAUAGCCUAAUAAAUGUAACAAUAAAUGCAAAGUUGCAAAAUGCCUCUA